GAAGUUAGAAAAAGAGCAGUAGAUUUACCUGCAAUAUUAUAAGACCAGAGUGUGAGCUGUGGAUAAGUAUGGAAUGGUUGAGAUCUGCAAAUGACACCAUGUUGGCUGAAAACAGUGAAGAGAACUGCAUAGGCAAGUAAAACAACUUAAGGUGUUUACUUGGGCACAUUGGCGAAAGCAAACGUUAUUUGGUAAAUGGAAAUAUGUGCUUUUAAGCGUAAAUAAAAGCAAUGACAUUUUAAUAUUUGCACAUUUGAAUAUUCUUUAAAAGAAACUUAAGAGAAACUAAGUUUUCAUCUUUUUCUUUUCGAUCCUACAAAACAAACGAUGCUAGGCUAGGGGAAACUGUACAAAGAAAAUAAUACACAUUGCGUUGGUGGAGUGUAAAAUUUGGAAGUAGUAGCUACCUAUUGUGAGGAAAGAGGAAUCGGCACAGAAGUGCUGGACAGUUGAUAAGUUUGUGUGCAGAUGAAUGAAGCAGUUCGUGUUGUGGAGGUUUUCUGCACAUGAGAUUUAACCGGAAUUCUAAUUUUAAAAGGUGAAGGUAGCAGCGAUAACUUGUGUCUUGUCCUUCUUGGGAGCCACCCACGUGCUUCUGCAGCGAACUGUGAAGCUGGCAGUAAGUCAUUUGUGAUGGAUCAAUUGCAAGAAGACUAAUUUUAAGAAAAAAAAAAAUCCAACAUAUUCCAAUGGUACGCCGUAAGGUAAGACGUAGGUGCAUUGUAUCGAUCUUCUCUUAUUUUGACCGUAUGGCAUUCGUUUGUAUACAUUUUCCUUUAUGACACCUCAAGGAAAAUACGGACAAUUCCAUUAUGUUUCAUAUAUGAAAAGGGGUGGUAUACAUCUCGUUUUCGCCUUAGCACUUUCUAAACAAACAAUAAAAUAAGAUAAAAUCCGGUGCCUUAAUCUACGCAUUUGCUCUUGAACAGAUUUAGUAUGUAACCACGGUGAAAAUGCCGAAUUAUUGUUGAUGAAGCCUCUAAGACAACGUGGGGGUGAAAGCGAGGCUUGAGAGGAAAUACUCUACGUAAGGAUCAUUUGAUUUCUUGCGCCAAACUUUCAGUGCCACCUUUUAGUGACGUUUACUAUUCAGUCAAUAGCUAGGAAGAUGGGGAUUCGGGGAAUGAAUGACGAUAGUAACUUCCUGGGCCACGCUGCCAGGUGUACAAUACAGAGUAAUCAACAGAUUUCAAAAUGUCAAAUUUUCAUUGCUAAAAUUAAACUAUAUAAAUAGCCAUAUAAGUAUCUAUGUACUUAAAUCUCACUUCUCUUCAGCCGAUUAGUAAGUUCAUUAAAGUAUAACCAAUGACACACCCUACGUCUGGCAAAUACCAUUAUGGUCACAGCAACAUCAUAUUUCUUAAUAGAAUAAGCAUAUAAAUUAUUUUUAGCGGAAGAUGAUGUAUUUGUAUAAUGUACUUUUAUAAAAAUAAUCAUAUAUUUUUUUUACCCAAAUGUAUAAUUUUUAGAUAUUAUUUCUAAAAGUUUUAGUUGCUUUAUUGAUUAAUGUUAGCUUUUGUAGGUAUUGUUUACAUUGGAAAAGUAUCUGGCGUCCUAAUUUUGAUAGUGUUGUCCAAAUAGCUUAACAUGUCUCCAGCAUGACUCUUCCAAGAGCUUUGGGCGAUAUGGCCACACUCAAUUUUAUAUCUUGGUACUUUUUCACCACAUAGCCAUGCCUUGAAUCAAAAUGGAGCCCGGUCCUCCUCUUAACCUAACAACCACCAUCAAGGUGGAGGAGCUGAAAGUAAUGGCUGCAGAGGAAGAACCCAGGGAUUUUACCGUAGAAGGAGAGCUAGUAGAAGAGCCUGAACCUGCCGAAGACUCGAAUGAUGAUCAUGUGGGGGACACCUUGAAUUCCAUUGAAGAUAAGGAAGUAAAUGAAGACACCAAGGAAAAUGCUGCAGUGCUGUCUGUAAAGGACAAUACGUACGGUGCAACGAAAAGUUAUCAGUGGCAGAAUGUCAACAAUGCUUUUCUCGAGCCAGUCAAUUAAGAAGUCAUGAGCGAUCCCAUCUUGAAGAUCAGGUUUAUGAGUGUGACCAGUGUGAUAAAGUAUUCCCUCGUAUAGGAUUGCUCAUGAGCCAUCGAGGGAAACAUCAUCGCCAAAGUUUUUCUUGCUCUGAAUGUGAUGCAAAGUUUCCCCAUUAUAAUAAUUUCCGCCUACACUUGAAACGUCACAAGGGGGAAAGGCCUUUCCAAUGUACUGACUGUAAUAUGGCCUUUGUUCAGGUAUGUCAUCUUCAUAUACAUCGUCGAAUUCAUACUGGAGAGAAACCCUUCCAGUGCGAUGUAUGUGAACAAAGAUUUAAACAAGUCUCUCAUUUAACAACACACAUGAGAAUUCACACCAAAGACAAACCUUAUUCAUGUGAUGUCUGUGAUGCUUCAUUCUCGCAAACCAGUAGCUUGACACGACACAAAAGGCGGCAUAGUGGAGAGAAACCUUUCAAGUGUGAAGUCUGUGGUGCUCCAUUUAUUGAAAAGCGAAAUCUCACUCGCCACAUGCUUACUCAUACGGGUGAAAAACCUUUUAAGUGUGAUACUUGUGAUGCUAGGUUUGCCCAAAUGAUUGACUGCAAACGUCAUAGAAUGUCUCAUGCUGGCCUCAAGCCCUAUAAGUGCGAUGUAUGUGAAGCAGCUUUCAGUCGAAAGAAUAACUUGAGAUGGCAUAAAUUGACGCAUGAAGGGGAUACACCAUACAAAUGUGAAAAGUGCAAUGCAGGGUUCAGUUUGAUGAGAGACAUGAAAACACAUAUGAGGACACAUGCUGGAAUUAAACCAUACUCUUGCGACCAGUGCAGUGCUACUUUUGCUCAGCACAGCACUCUAAAGCGUCAUAAGAUUAUUCAUUCUAGUGAACGUCAAUUCAUUUGUAACAUAUGCAAAAGCUCAUUUAAAGAGAAAAGUGGUUGGAAAAGACACUUAUUACGGCACGAAGGGGUAAAGCCAUUUAAGUGUGAAAAGUGUGAUUCGACGUUCAUUGAAUUUCGUAACUUGAAAAGACAUAAAGUUGUUGUUCAUGGUGAAGAACGUUUUGAAGGAUCUGAUGUAGUUUUGGAUCAGAGAGAGUUAGAGAAUAUCCAUAUUGCUAAUGCUUCAAGAAAGAGAUCUGAUGAAAAGAAUGAAGAACCUUUAGGAGAGCUCUAUAGUGCCAAUUUUCAAGCAACAGCCAUACCUUUGCCAAAAAAAGAGACCUUAACACAACCCCACACUGAUCAUACAGAUAGUACUUUGGUGAUAGCUAAUUCUGCUCCACAACCCCAACAGCCUCCACAGGCUGAAGUAACAACAGUUGCACCAACUCAUCAACAGCAGUUACCAGAGAUAUUAACAAUACCAUCUCAUGCACCAGGACAGAUGCCCACCCUUUUGCUUACACAGCCAGGGCAGCCCCCAAAGCCUGCACGUCCUGCGAACUCUUGCCAAAAUCAUCAGUCUCAUGUUCUAACCUUUGUGGAAGGUAGUUAUAAUCAGUGGCAGUCUUGGUGCUUUUGUGAUACUCCAAACAUUCCUGAUUCAUCUCAGACCAUGAUUGUCACUUCAGGAGCAGUAGUAAGCCAACAUACAACUACAAGUGACUCAGUAGUGUCUGUAGCUCCACCACAGCCAGAAAUUACAUUCACUGAACUCCCUCCUAGUCAGCCACAUCAGGCAGUAGGAGUCCAAGAAGUUAAUCAGUCAGAAUACCAGGUUAGUCAGUAUAGUGGUGAUUAUGGAAACACCUUACAUCAUUAUGAAGAGGCUUCUCAAGCCUCUGGAACUUUACCGCCAGACAGUCAUCAUCAGCGACAACAGCUAAAUCAGCAGAAUAGUGCAAAAAUUAGUUCCAUUGAAGAACAAAGGUUGUUCCCCAUGACUGAGUUAGAGACAUCAGAACAUGAACAUCAUCAGCAACAUUAUGAAGCACAAAACCAACACAUUCAGCAAUUAGAUUCACAACAACAACCGAUACUUCAGCAGCAACAGCAGCAGCACCAGCCACAGCAGCAGUAUAUCCAACAGCAACAGGUCCAGCAACAGCAGCAUCAACAAACAUCUCUUGCUAAUGCUGUCCCUUCAGCUCAUCCUACUUCGUCUGAACCUCCUUCUCCUCCAUCCCAGCCUUCACAGCAGCAAGGUUCUUCUCAUCCAGAGAUGGAUGCAGAUUGUGAGGAAAUGCAGCCAUCAGUUGACCCCUUAGUUACUUUCCAGUAUAGUUUAACAGUCAAUAAUCCAGCCACGGGUGAUAUACAAAUUCAAAGUGAGGCUUUUCCUGCCAGUUCUUCUGAUCAGACACCAACAGAGACACAGGUCAAAAGAAAGCGUAAUAUUAAGGGGAAAUACACCAAACGACCUGUGAGUGAAAAUCGUGUCCAUUCCUGUCGCUCUUGUCCUAAAACCUUCACUAAAGAAAAUCAUUUGCUUAUUCACCAGAGAACCCACACAGGUGAGAAACCAUUCCAGUGUGGUGUAUGCCGUCAAGCAUUUACCCAUAAGAAUAGCCUUACAAUUCAUAUGCGUGGGCACACAGGUGAAAGGCCAUAUGUUUGCACAACAUGUGAAACCUCUUUCACCCAAAAAAGUAAUUUGAGAGUUCACAUGAGAAUUCACACAGGAGAAAAGCCUUUUAAGUGUACCUUAUGCAGUGCUUCUUUCACCCAGGGUAGUCACCUUACAGCUCAUAUAAGAAUUCAUAACAAUGAUCGACCAUAUAGUUGUGGCUUUUGUACACAGAGUUUUACGCAGCGUAGUGCCUUGAAGCGCCAUACAAUGACCCACACUGGUCAUAAGCCCCAUAAAUGUGAUCGGUGCAGUGCAAAGUUUUCUCAAAAAGAUGAUCUUAGAAGACAUCAGAAAAUUCACUCAGUUAAUGAAAGUAACAAAGAUUCUAGUCCACCCAGAAAGCACCGAGCACAGGAUAGUGAAGUUAGCAGUGCUAAACGUCCAAAAAUUGAUGAUAAAGAGAAGGUGGAGUUUCUUUGCACAAAGAAAGAUUGCUCAAGUAAAUUUAUGAAGCAUUACUCAUUGAUGAGACACAUUCGCACUGUCCAUGCAGAAGGUAAAUGGAAGGGAGAUGGAAAUGAUGAUAUAUCAUCCCAAGAGGAAAGCAAGAAAAAGAAGAGGAGACCAAUUUCAAGUGAUUCUCCUAAAAAGAUUCAGAAGUCAAACAAAGAAAGUGAAGCUUUAUUAACAGAACCAGUUAGAACUAGCAGACGCAUACGUGAGGCAGCAGAGAAGAAGAAAGUUAAACAGGAAAAUUCAGACUUUAUAAUAGGGGAUUUUGUUGACAUGGUAGAGGAGGAAGAUGAUGUAAAGCCUUACAGUAAACAGAGGUCACCACUUAAAAAAGAAAAAAUUGUUCCUAAGGUUGAAGCUAAAGAAAAGAUGGAGUCCUGGUGUUUCUGUGAGGUGCCUCAUGGACCUAACGAACCUCAUACUCACGUUAGCAUUGAACCAAAGCUUUCAGGAGAGCAGCAAACUAGUCUGUCACAAGAGGAUUCUCUCUCUCGAAGUGCAGACACUUCUGGUGCAGCCUCUCUACUUCAGUUAUCAAUGGAAAAUAUUCAACACAAUCCUCCUAGUGUGCUUGCACGAGGUUUCCCACAUCAAGCUGUAUCUGGAACAAUGACAUUAGAAGCAUCAUCUAUUGUAGCUGGACCCCAGGUUGUUAAUAAUGCUGUCAGCAUAGCACCAACUGAACAGCAAACUCAAGGAAUAACAGCAGUUUGUCAACCUGACCCAUCAAUCAGUCAGUUGCCGUCUGGUGUAAGUCAUGCUGGUGUUCCAAAUCAGGCAACAGGUCGUAUAGUAGGACAGCCUGUAAUAACGACUACACCAGUUUUAUCUACCGGACAGCUGGUUAAUGCCAGUCAGAUAAUGGCACCAGAUGCAGCAAUCUAUAUUGAAGCAGGUGAAGUACUAAGCAAUGGAGCAGUAGUAAUCAGUCCUGGACAAGGAACCUUCAUCAGCUAUGAGCAGAUUUCAAUCAGCUCUGAUGGGCAGGUCAUUGGUGUUCCAGUUGCUAGUUCUGGCACAGAAACCUUGAUGCUGCAACCAGCAACAGUAACAGCACCAGGGACAGGGCCAGCCACAGUUGAGGCUGCUUCUACAAGUGGUACAGUCACUUACACAACAGCAACACAAGUCACUGAAGCUAGUGCUCCUCAGCCUGUGCAGUAUACAGCUAUUGGUGGAGAUGUUCUGAAUUUAUUUCCACAGGUGGAGCAAGGCAAAGAAUCGACACCCCCAGAAAAGUUUCCUGUUGUUGCAAAGCCUCAUGAUUGCACUGUGUGUGGAAAAUCAUUUGCUCAGAAGCCCACAUUGUUUUCUCAUAUGCAGUCAUCUCAUCCUGACCUCUUUAGUUGUCCAGAAUGCUGUCUGGCAUUCACUACACGUGAGUUUCUUGAGUCUCAUAAGGCUGAACAUCAAAAACUUCAUGUGUGUUCUCGAUGUGGUAUGGCUUUUACUAGUAAAUCGUUUUUGACCCGACAUCGUUUGCAGAUGCAUGGGAAAAACUCUUCUGCCACAGAAGAAAAGGAGAGAUCAUUUGCUUGUGACAUAUGUGGUACUAAGUUUUAUCAGCAAAGUGACCUGAAGAGGCAUAUGUUAGGACAUACUGGAGAAAAGCCCUUCAAAUGCCAGAAUUGUGAAGCAGGUUUUACCCGAAUGUCUAGUUUGAAUAAACAUCGACGUAUUCACACUGGAGAGAAGCCAUAUGUUUGUCUAGUUUGUAGUGAGGCUUUUGCUUAUCGUUACCAGUUCAAUAGACACAAGAGUAUUCACAAGCGACUAGAGCAGGAUGAUUACUCUAUGCCAUAUGUGUUUGUGGAAUAAUGAACGAAGUAUAGCACUGUUAAUAUGUUUACCAGUGUGUAUUUGAGGUAGGUAUAUUUCUUUUCAUAGCAACAUUUUGGUUUGUAGAGUGAUCUAUGCACUAUUUAAAUACAUUUAGACAUUUAUUGACUUAAUUUAUGUGAAUACUGUACUGAAGUUACUUAAAAAAUAAUGAAAGCUUGUACAUCCAUGCAUGUUGCCGUUUUACAAAAACACCAGACUUCCAAUCACAAGUUGAACCAAUUUAAGAAUUCAUAAUUGCAUGCACUUACAUAGUCACCUGAUAUUAGGUGCUCUUGAAAUUGGCUUCCAAAUAACUGUAGUGGCAGUUGCCUGUUAUCGGCGGGGGUUCCAUUCUCAGAGGGAUGCUGAUAAGCGAAAACUACCAUUAACCGAGACACUGUGAUUUAUGGUGCCUUAAUGGCGCUUAUGGCGCCUUUGUUAGGCAUGUUAUGGUGCGCCAUAAGGCUCCUUAUGGCACCGAUAACUGGAACUGCUCAUUAUGGCGCCAUAAAUCGCUGAUUUUAUGACACUAGACAAGCUCUAAAAAACCUGAUUGCUGGUAACUGAGUCUGCCGAUAACCGGGGGACUGCCUGUAGUUAUGUUUUUCCAGUGCUUGCUUUUAUAGUUACCAUAUAUUUCGAUGUAUAAGAUGACCUGAAGAUAUGAGGUAAAAAAUCAUGGCAAAUUCUCAUGAAUUUAUUUCGUGUCUGCAGUAUAAGACAACUUCUAAUUACAAACUUGAAAAGUUUUUUGGAGGCAUGUGAUUUUGUUCCUACACGAUAUACAAACCCUUGGUCAUUUACCUUAGGAAUUACAUUGAGCGCAGGCUCGAAUACAGCUGUUAAAUUCUUGAACAAGUUGGAUAGGCAGUAUCAUUUAGUAGUUGAGUAGACCUGCCUGCCUGGAUGUAAACACUCCACUUUGCUUUCGGCCUUCUUCCAAUGAAGAUGUAUGUUUGUGAGCUCUUGCUGACUAGCCUUUAAUCACAAUUUUCCUAGUGGGAUCUUACCUUUAUUAUUUUAAAUGAAUAUAUGUAGUACAUAUUGUGUUUGAUGUUAAUAAUUAAUUGGCUUCAAUAAUUAAAAACCACUUUUAGUGAUAGCCUUGCUAGCCGCCUUUCUGCUUUAUGUGUUGAGAGUUGGUGGCAAAGGUGUGCCAACACCCUUAUUACAUAUUUUCACCCUUUAACAUCAGGGUGAGACAGUGUAUUCGUUUGAAAUUUACGAUUAGGCUUUAGAAAUUACUGAGGGGAACUCUAGAGAUUUGUUCUUUGUUAUUCUUUAGGUAUUUCCUCUUUUCUUUCGUCCUUUUGCUAGAAAAGGAAGUGGUGCCCUUGGAUGCGAGGAGAGCAGUCAAGAACAGUCAAUCCUCUCUCUCUCUCUCUCUCUCUCUCUCUCUCUCUCUCUCUCUCUCUCUCUCUCUCUCUCUCUCUCUCUCUCUUUUUUCUUGGUUACACCUGGAUGAACAAGGGAAUAAGAGGAACUCUAUAGAGUCUACUUCCCAGAGUUCAAAUCCAGGUAUGUUUGGCUUGAACUAGUCAUCUUCAUUGUCUUAACCCUUAAACGCCGAAUGGACGUAUUAAACGUCGAGUCAAAAUGUCCCCCGUAUGCUGAAUGGACGUACCAUACGUCGACUCAAAAAAGUUUUUUUAAAAAUUCGUGGAAAAAUACUUAUAGGCCUACCAGCCGAAAACUUUUGAAUCACGCGCCUUGGGGGAUGCUGGGAGUUCACGGAUCAAGGCGUUGUUUUGUUUACGAUCGUUACGCAGGCGCGCAAGCGCGAAUUUUUUUCUUAUCGCACUAAAAAGUAUCAGUGACACAUCUCAAAAAUUAUUUCGUCACUUUGACAUAAUUUUUGCACCGUUUUAAAUUAUCCGUUACAUGAAGUAUUAUAUAUGAAAAUUUGCGCAAUUUCAUUUAGAAUACAACUAAAAUAUACUCAUGAUUGUAGCUUUUAUCAGUUUUGAAAUAUUUCCAUAUAAAUAACGAUAAGUGCCAAAAUUUCAACCUUCGGUCAACUUUGACUCUACCGAAAUGGUCGAAAAACGCAAUUGUAAGCUAAAACGCUUAUAUUGUAGUAAUAUUCAACUAUUUACCUUAAUUUUGCAACAAAUUGGAAGUCUCUAGCACAAUAUUUCGAUUUAUGGUGAAUUUAUGAAAAAACUUUUUCCUUACGUCCGCGCGGUAACUCUUCCGAAAAAAAUCAUACAUGCGAUUGUGGUAAUGUUUGCACCAUUUUAAAAUAGGCGUUACAUAAAGUUUUAUAUAUGGAAAUGUGCGCAAUUUCAUGCACAAUAUAACUAAAAACAACCCAUGGUUGUAGCUUUUAUCAGUUUUGAAAUAUUUUCAUAUAAAAAAUGAUAAGUGACAAAUUUUCAACCUUCGGUCAAUUUUGACUCUACCGAAAUGGUCGAAAAACGCAAUUGUAAGCUAAAACUCUUAUAUUUUAGUAAUAUUCAAUCAUUUACCUUCAUUUUGUAACAAAUUGGAAGUCUCUAGCACAAUAUUUCGAUUAAUGUUGAAUUUAUAAAAAAAAUAACAUUUUCCUUACGUCCGCGCAGUAACACUUCCGAAAAAAUCAUACGUGCGAUUGUGGUAAUGUUUGCACCAAUUUAAAUUAGCCGCUACAUAAAGUUUUAUAUAUGAAAAUGUGCGCAAUUUCAUGUAGAAUACAACGAAAAAUAAUUGAAGGUUGUAGCUUUUCUCAUUUUCGAAAUAUUUGCAUAUAAAUAACGAUAAAUAGAAAAAAAAGCCACGUUUGGUCAACUUUGACUCUACCGAAAUGGUCAAAAAACGCAAUUGUAAGCUAAAACUCUUAUAUUUUAGUAAUAUUCAAUCAUUUACCUUCAUUUUGCAACAAAUUGGAAGUCUCUAGCACAAUAUUUCGAUUUAUGGUGAAUUUAUGAAAAAAACUUUCCUUCCCUCCGCGUGCAGAUUCUCCGCCAUAAAUCUCCGAAUUGCGUACAUCUCAUUCUCGGAAAAUUUACUCCCUUUCAUAUUAGGCAUUUUGUAGUUUUAUAUAUGAAAAUGUGCGCAAUUUCAUGUAGAAUAAAAGGAACAAAUAUUUGAAGGUUGUAGCUUUUCUAAUUUCCUAAAUAAUUCCAUAUAAAAAAAAAUUAUUAAAAAAUUUUGACAUUUGGUCAACUUUAACUCGUCCGAAAUAUUCGAAUACUGCAAUUGUAAGCUAAAACUCUUACAGUUUCGUAAUAUUCCAUCAUUUAACUUCAUCUUGAAACAAAUUCGAAGUCUCUAUAACAAUAUUUAGAUUUAUGGUGAAUUUUAAAAAAAUAUAUUUUUUUACGUCUGCUCGUUACGAAUUCAUGCAUCAUUUUGUGAUAAUAUUUUCUCUGUGUUGCUUUUAUCGUUUUACAAUUUGUUAUAUACCAAAAAGAUCGCAAUUUAGUUUACAUUACAAUGAAAAAAAGUAACUUGUUACCUUUUACUGUUUUACGCACAGCGCGAUUUGAAUACAAUUAUAUAUGAAAUUUCGUUUUUGCGCUAUCAUAUAUCGCAUUAUUUAUAUAUGAUAAUGAUAAUUUUUAUCCUUUCUGAUGGUUGCAUACUAAACUUCAGGCAAUGACAAAAACAGGAGCCAAAAAUGAACUCUUAAUCUUGAAAACUAAGCGCGCUGUGAUUUUUUGAACAAAUUAUUUUUUCCGCUUCCGCGCUCACUCAAAACCGGCUCCGGCAUUCGGGGGACGUUUUGAUUUUUACCGCUUCGGCGUUUAAGGGUUAAGUAUCUUGUUAUCACCAUAGAAGCCUUCCUUUGGGACAGCUUCACAUUUGCUCUCCUUAUUAGAGAAUGAAGGUAAGCUUCCAAUCCUUAUUCUCUCUCAAAUGAAGAAGAAUUAGGCAGGAGCUCGAUUUAAAGGAACCUGCAAAUAUACUAGUAUGUUAUUCUCAUGACAUGUGUCUGUUCUCGGUUGCACCGUCCGAGUAAUAGGCGCAUAUCUGUAAGUUAAUUCUUCUGGUAUGUGACCAAGAUGAAUAGUACCUUCUCUUAAUUAACCUGAAACUCAGGACAGCCUUUUGGGCCUUCCAAGAGUUUCUGGUUUGGAUUUUUAGAUGACUAUCGGUAUUGUUUGCCAGCAACCCAGCAUUUGCAUUAUUACUGAACAAGAGGGUUUCCUUCCCUCCCAUUUUGGUUAAAAUGAAGAUGCUGUAUCUUUUGCAAUUCCAACAAGACGUCGAGGGAAUGGCAGAGUACUGCCUCCACUCUUAGAUUCUGUUUGUCUUAAUGUUGUCUCCUGUAUUGAUGAUUAACUACAAAUUUGAAUCUCUCUGCCCUGUCAUCACAGACUUAGGUCUCUGGUUGGCUCGGAAUUCUUGCAUAAGUCCCACGUCUUGUGCUCCACAUUUGCUGUUGCGAGAAUUUUCAGACAGAUAUAUCUCAUUAAACUCAUUAUCAUCUCUCUGUUUACCCCACGGUAUAACAGAAGUCUGUAGUCUUCUGUUCCCUCGCAUGAUUUUCUUCAGACAAUUUGCAUUUUGUCUUCUAAUAUACAUUUUCUAAUUUGUAAGGUGUUCAAUUAUUCUUUGUUCAACCAAAAUUGAAAAUGAAUAACCGAAGACUUCACUUGUUCCCAGCCAAACUAGCUCUGCUUCCAGAGUAGAUAGAAAAGUUCCUCCCUGAUCCAACACACAAGAAGCGGUUCUUCAGGCAGUACAAUCUUUGUCUGUGUUUUCAUUACUGAAAGACUCCGCCUUCAUUGCAAGCACCGACUUUCUCGCCAAGCAGCAAUGAAAUAGUGGAAUAGCUUUUUCAGCCCUCUGUAAAACACCAGGGAUUAGAGCUGCCUUCACUGGUUGGUGUCAUCAAUGGGACUUUUUCUAUGAUCAGAAUUGUGAGAGUUCACUUCUCUCCAAUUCACCCGAGUCAUUCACUAAGCAGUAUUGUUUCUCCUUAAUUGAGGUUUAACUAUUGAUGAGAAACUUCACUGUGUUGCCAUCACAGGGACCUUGGUCUCUAGAAGGCAUUUUACUCUUGUCUGUGUACCUACCUCGUGAGAAUCAUCAUCUCGUCUCUCAACAUCGUUGGCGAAGAAUUAGGUGAUUUGCAUUGUUCUUUCUCAACAUCACCCUUCAAAAGACAGGUGCCAUGUUGUAACUCCAUCUUAGUUAUGCAAUCAUCCAGCGUCUGUUAAUGAGUCAGAAUCCUUCAUGAUCUCCUGUGCUUUGGACUUUGUAUUGGUUGAUCCAGAUCAGUCACUACUUUGUCCUAUUGGUGUGUUGCUGUAUCUACGAAGGAUCAACACUCUUCAUUGAGUGUCAAUACCGUUAUCCACUGCUGACUUCCAAUGCAGAAGUGUCUAAUGACACGUCUUCCUCCGAGUCUUACGAGAUCGUUAGAAACUCCUUUUCAGUUGGAUACUUCCACUGUACGCUCUCAGAGAGCGAGCAGUGCCAGUGGUUUGGUACUUUUCAUCACUCAGAAAAAUAUGUUGGACCAGAAGAUUGAUGCAGUCUCAUCACGACCACAUUUAUAUCUUUCUUCCUUGGGUCUGCCCACAGUUCCUUGGGCCAGUGGUGGAUGCUCAACAGUUGUGUUUGCUUACCCGGCUCCUUCAAGAGGACAAGUUGGAUCUUACCCAUGGUGUGUGGUUCUAGAGGUAAGAAGGAAGGUUGAGGAUAGGACUUGAACUUACACUUGCUGGUCGGGCUUUUGAAGUGGUAAGCUUUCACAUCAAAUUUUCUUACUAUUUUUCGUAUCAGAAUCAUGGAAGCAAUUGCGCUUCUUCCUCUAGCAAGGGGAGGAAGGAGACUGGCAAUAAUGCAAACCCUACCCAGAACUUUGCAUUAAUGUCUCCGACUCUGAAUGUUCUUCCCAGCCCUUUUUCUGAUGAGUUACUUUUCCUCACUCAUUUCAAAAAGGCCCAGAAGUCUGACUCUUGAUCUUGCAGCUCCUAUAUUCCAAUCAGGUUGUCAGAGGCAGGGGACUCCUACUCGUUCUUACGACCAGGAGGAAUAGCCCAGCUGUGCUGAACUCCAGUCAGUUCUAGAAGGUCACUCAUAUUCCUCCCACCAAUCAGUUAGUCUUCCCAAUGUAAAGGACCGAGGGUUUGUAUAUCGUGUAGGAACAAAUAAAAAUUUUUUAAGUAAAUUGUAUUUUUCCUUACUAAUCAAACCUGAGGUCCUGUACAUUAAUGCCCACCUCAUGCCAUCCCUCAAUCUGAAACUUGGCUGAAAGGCAAAGUGGAGUGUUUACAUCCAGGCAGGCGGGCCUACCCCCUACCAGACAGUUGUUACUGCCUAACCACGUUAUUCAAGAAUUUAAUGGAAGUAUUCCAGCCUGCUCUGAAAGUAAUUCCUAAUGUAAAGGACCUCAGGUUUGUAUGGUUAGGAAAAAUACAAUUUACUUUAAAAAAAAUUGUGAUAUUUGCAAAAAUUAAACAGUACAACUAUAUUUACAAAAUCAUGGCUUAAAUAAAGGAUGUUUUGCUUGUUAUAUCCAAUUACACUAUUAGUAUUAUCAUAUGGUUACUGUAUUACGGAAUAUAAACAUUGUCAUGUGCGUACACCAUUUGCAUUUGAUAUUGUUUACAUUCUCAAAAUCUUGGCUGAUUGAGUAUUAUCAAUAUCUUCAUUGCCAUUUUUUGUUUGAAGAGAUAUAAUUCGGAGAUACCGUUUCUCUUAAAUUAACGAAGUUUGGUUGAAAACGUGCACAUAUUACUUCAGCAUUAGGUGCAAUUUCUCCAGCUCCGAACAUCACUUUUGCCUGGCUGUUAUUCAUUUUAUCCAGCCUCGGCCAUAACCUGCAGCAUUAAUUUACUAAUAUUCUUUCUCGAGAUCUCCGUUGCAUGAGGUAUGAACAAAAAUGUAUUUUAUUUUUACUGAUGGAAGCUACCAUUGAGACUCGGCAGGGUUUAACAACUUGACAGUUUAAACAGAGCUCUUUAUAAAAACACUCAACAGUUACAGUAAAUGAUGUCCCCAAUCAGCUGUUUCUCAAUUUGGAUUUUGUAAAUUAUCAAAGUUGGGUUUAAUAAAGAACACUCAACAGUUAGAGUAAAUGAUGUCCCCAAUUAGCUGUUUCUCAAUUUGGAUUUUGUAAAUGAUCAAAGUUGGAUUUAAAAAAGCCAAUUCUAUAUCAUGUUUUUCAUACAUAUGUCACCUAAAAGGGAAACCAUUGUUUUAUUUAAGUUUCAUCACAGUUCAUAAACGACUGCUAAUAGCAAUACAAUAAUGUACAAUAAUUAUUGUAUAUAUUGCUCAUAUGGCUGAAUUGUUCUAAACAGUUACAGACAAUUUUGCAUGCUGCCUCACUUGAUGUUCGCUGCAAUUAUUUUUAAAAAGCAUCGGGAACGUGAAAGUAGAAAGUCUCAUAGAAUCAUUUAAUAAAUGCCUUGGAUGGUACCAAUGAUGAGUUAUAUGAUAGUGACGAUGAAGCUGAAGUUGACUCACCAAAACCAGACUGGAAUCCCUAUGAUGGUGGCAUAUUUGUUGAAUCAUGAUAUGUGUGAGAAACUUUGAAUGAAAAAUGGAUAUUAUGUUAUCCUAAAUUUUAUUACUACCAUAACUACAGUCUCAUUGAAAUUUCUGAAAGGUUACUGAAAUAUGAAGGUUGCUGUGAGUGCAACCAUAACUUGAUACACAUCUUAGAAUUCAAGGUUUGAUUUUUAGCAUUGUGGUAUAAGAUGACCCCAUCUGUAAGGGUGAAUUUUGAAAUUUAUAGGUUGUCUUAUUUAUGGAAAUGUAUGGUAUGAUUACUUGAUGCUGGCACUAAGGAUCACAAAAUUUAGAUAUUCAAUAAAACAUACUGAUAAUAUUAUUGCAGCAUUCUUAACUUCCAAGAUUGCUUUCAGAAAAGAUAAGUUUAGUUUCUGAUGUAGUUUUAUGUGUGAAAACAUAAGUGUAUAAUCAGUUUUAUCAUAUAUUGCAUAGUGGUGUAUUUUCUGAAUUUCAAAAGUUUUUGGUAAUUGUUAAGGGAUCAUCAUAAUCUGUCUCAUCAGAGUAUAAAGAAAAUUUCAGUGUGUUAAACGCACAAUGAUAAUUAUGAAAAACUAUUAAUUUUGUUUUAGAGAAUUCUAUGGAAAAAUUAGCAUAAUUUAUAUAAAAGAUUAAAUUGAGCUUGAAAGGGGGUUAAUAUGGUCAUCAAGAAAGAGAAUUUUUCUGUCAAUGGAAAAGGGUAAAUUCACAAAACACUUCUACUGAAGUUGUAAAGGAAAGACUUCUCUGUGUUGUCCAGGAGAUACUGUAAAUGGAGAUUUUAUAAAUAAAGCUAUAAAGUCAAAAUGUAAGUUUAGCAAAUGAGAGUUUAGGAAGACUGCUGUUGAAAGCCAAAAUUGAAAAUAACAAGGACCCAGAGGAACCCUUAUGUAAUGUUAAUGGGUUACAUAAGAAUAAGACGAAAAUGCUUAUCGUAUUUUAAUUAUUGACAGUGUUUUUAACUUCAUUCUUUUUUUUUAAUAUUUCUGUUGUAAUGUACCUGAAUACAGUAUGUUAAGGAAUUAUUGUCAUUUAUGUUUUAAGGUAUUUUAACAAGACCUCCAAGUCUCAUUUUUACUCAUAGGGUUAGUUUGAAGGGUCUAUUCUUGAGAGGUGAAAAAUGAGGCAGAGUAGAAUGAAAGAAGUUUGGCCCUCUUGAUGGGAAUGAUCAAAAUGAGGGAAUGAUGAUAAAUGACAGAAAGCAAUGCAUAAGUGCUGUGCAAGACUAAGCAAUAAGCAACGUUCCCUUUACUAGGACAGGAAUUGGAAAUUGUAGGUUAGCUAGCUAACUUACAUAAUGUAAAUAUUAUUGUUUUCAUGAGUUAUGGAAAGCAUAAUGGCAGUCAUUCCUCCCAUAUACCUUGUAUUUUCUUUGCACCCUUAGGUUUGGUAAUUUCAUCAGUAGCCUUACAAAAAAGUUUAUUGAUGUAAACAGUUACAUAGAUAAAUAUGUAUCGGUGAACUAAUGCUACUCUUGGGAAGAAAAAAGGUGCUCUGUUAUAGAUCAUUGUCAUAAUACCUCAUAGAAUAGAAGAAUGCAUAUAAAGAAAACUAAGGCAGUCUGUGGAGGUAUUAUGCAUAACAAGAUUUUAGUACAAAAUUGGGAGGGCUGGAGUCAGGAAGGACAACUGUUUAUAAAAUAUCUGCCAAAACCAAUUAUGAAAUGAGCCAUUUAAGACAGAAAAAGGAAAAAAUUCUCCCAACCAAGGAUUUAAGUUGAGAAGAAGAUAGAUUAUGUACAAGUGAUAUGGUAAUGAUUGUUAUCUUAAAAUUUAAAUCAUAAUCCAACACAGUAUAUGGUAGCUUAAGCAGUGAAAAACCUCUAGUAUUAUAACCACUCACUGAAAAUGGAGAAAUAACAAGAACAAAAUUAUAGAAUCCAGACUGCCUCUUCUGAAAAAAGGGUAAUAAGAUUACAUUGCCCAUUCAUUAUGUUUAGCAUAACUAAUUAGUUUUUUGGUGAAUUAUUCCUUGGUAAAGCAGUUUCUUAGCAUGAAGAAAUUGAUUAGGGUAAUUAUUAUCUUUAAUACUGAUAUAGCAGUAAUUAAACAAGAUUAAAUAAGAUUUCCGUUAUUAGAGCAUAAAUGGAAUUUUGUGAUUAAGAUCAAAAGAAAAGGCAAACUUAAAAUUAGUUUUUGUAAGAAUUAAAUCUACAGAUCAUACAACUUUAAACAAAACUUUAAGGAAAAUGAAUAACACAAGCUUCCUUUAAAAUACCAAUACUUUACUUUUAUGUUCAAUAGAGAUGGUAAUUACUUAAUUACUAGAAUGUUCUAGCCAGUUUACAAAAUUUCUCAAGGUAGUAACUAAAAAAGUGCAGGGUUGAAGAACUAGUCAGUUAUGAUAUAUUGCGUAGGGAUGACAAUGACUAACUUUAUUUCAUGCUGAAAUGCAUUAUUUUAGCAUUGGUAGUUACUGAUUCAUGUCAGGAAACUAAAAGAUUUAUUAUAAUGUGUCAAGUAGAGACUGGCUGAAUGGUUGGACUGUUAGGUAUGGCAAAUCUAAAGAAGGGGAAACAGAGCUUUAAGAGGUUAGAUCAGUCGAUUAUUUAUUAGAAUUUCUAGCAUCUUAUUACUAUUAUUAUUAUUGAAUAAAUGAGAGCAUUCAAAGCAGGCAUAUUAUUAUUAUUAUUAUUAUUAUUAUUAUUAUUAUUAUUAUUAUUAUUAUUAUUAUUAUUAUUAUUAUUAUUAUUAUAUUAGUGCAAAUUUGUUCUACCAGAUUACUAAGUUUUAUUUUGGUGUUCUGAUGAUUGGCUGGAUUGGAUGAUUUCUAGGUAGGAUGAGGAAAGGAAUUGGAUAAACAAUGAAAGACACAGCAAUGCAGUCAGGAGACACUGCAAAGAACCUAUAGUAUUGCCUGCAUCAUUGCAGCAGGUUAAAUAUUAUAUUUGACAUUUAAAGUUCUUGAGGUGUUAUCGUUAGUGUCGUUUAUGUGAUCUUUAUGAGCUGCAGGUGCCUUCAGUAUCUAAGUAACAGGAUGAUAAUGUUAAAGUGACGGUGAUCAUCAAAUGUAUGGCAGCCAAUUAUCUCUGAAUUGGUGAAGUUUUCCUUUUUUUCUUUUGUUUAGUGAAUUAAUAUUUAAUGUCGGUGGUACAUCCCAGUGGGUAGCAUUUGUUUUAGAUACCCUCACAUGUCAGAAUUGAGCAGUAUUCAUAUCUAUGAGCCCCACUAGUAAUUUAUAGUGAGCCUUUUGUAGCACAAUGUAGAUGGGACUAAAAGCCUUGCUUUAACCCCUCAGUUCUUAGUUUCAUUGCUUUCCAAAUUCCUGCCUGUUACAGUUCUGGUCAGUUUCCUCACAGUUAUAUUAGUAAAUUCUUUCCAAGAUUUUGGUCCUUGUCUUUUUAGCUCUGUAAUCAUGGAGCAUUUAAAGAUGUUUGUUAUUAUUAUCCUUUUAUUCUUUCAAGUUUCAGUGAUAUCCUACAUAAGUCCAUUUAAUGACCUGAAUGUUCUUGUUGCUUUACUACUGUAGCAGCAUCUAUAACCUUUUAAGCAAUUAAGAGUAAUUGUACUGCCAAUGAAGUCAUAUGGGUGUUGGAUUGGUUUGUCUUUCACACUGUCCAUCAUUAUAUGAAGAAAUUAAUGAAAUUCAACUGUAUUUUUUCUCAGAUUAGAAAAAUCUACUGAUAUUUAUCAUAUUUAUCUAAACAUAUAUGCUGUGCUAAUCUAUUAACUGUGGUCCACACUAUUGUCUUAAUUUUGGCUUGGAACCUCGUGGCGCUUCAGUCUUUCUUUAACUCCCUUGGAGAGUUGACUUUUGCUUUGCUUUCUUCCCCCCAAGCUGGUUUUUUACUUAAGCUUAUGGCUUCUUAUGACGGCAUAGUUUGGUUCGUCUCUGCAUUCAAGUGAAGGGCAAUCCUCUUCCGCUCCCUUCAGCGAUAGAUUUUCUUGGUAAAUUCUUUGCUAUUCUUCAUGUGUGUGUGUGUCCUGGGGAGGCCCUCCAGUUGCUGUAGGAGACAAUAGGAGAAGACCUUUUCACCAUCUUUGCCGUCAGUGAGGCCUUUGACUCGGGUUACCAGUCUGUAUGCCGUGACGUCACUUUCACACUUUUCCGCCUGCGACAUCAGCUUCGGUGACUUCUCUCCCUCUCCCUGUUGCCAUGACAUCACUCCCAGCCUCGUCCAUGACAUCAUCACAGUCGUUUGUCAGCCCAUCAGAGGUGUCCUUUUAAUAGAUGGUUGAUUGGCUGGACUCUUUGUUUAGUAGGUGUCCUGCGGUUCCAAGCAAGAAGCAUGGUAGGGCAAGGGCUCCAUAGCUUUCUCCUCCUCCUCCCCCUUGUUCUUGAGUUGGACACCCCAGUAGGCUGUCUGUGAACCAAUUUGUUUAUCAGCCAUAGUAAUUUUUUCAUAAGAUAUAAUUUAUACUUGCUUUGUUUUUUCCACAUGCUCAAGAUGAUUGCAUAUUUAAAUUUUUUUAACAAUAGUGACUGGCUAAAAUUGCAAACAACAACAAUGAAAUGCAUGAAGUAAAAAAGAGAGAGAGAAAGGUGAAAUAGUAUUGUAUAGUAUAACUGUGAUUACCUUUGAACCAGUUUCACCCAAUAAUUUUUUAUCCAAAUCAGCAAUAAUUUUUCCACCUCAAUUAUUUUUGUCUGAGUUUCAUAAGCAUUGUCUCUCCUGCGACAUCAGCUGCUUUGAUGGCCUCUUUGUAUUAAUAUCAUUUAGAUUGUGGGCUUGGCCAUACCCGACUGCAUGGUACUGUGGGACAAAAGUAACAACUUUUGUAAUUCACUGUGAUUUUUUUUCAGCCUCUUCAUAAUCAUUUGGGGAUUUACGCACUUUUUAUUUUGUAACUACUAAUUUUUUAUGGUCCCAUCUUGUUUUUUGUUAGGAUUAAAACAAUUUUUUCUAUAGAAAAAGAUGCAAUCCACAAACAUUUCAGCAUAUGAAGAGAGUGACAUCUGUUUUAAAACUGAAGCACAGCAUACAUAUUUUGACCUUUGUUUGCUGUUUGUAAAUUAUUGCGUUUUUCCGUCAGAAUUUUUUUUGUAAACUGAUAUGCCUGUGAUGCAAUUCAGUAUGACCAUUGGUUCCCAAUUUGAGACUUAUGGAUAUGUUCAUUGAAGUGAAAAUGGAAAAAGGUAAAAUUAAAUAAAUUGAAAAUCCAAGUACAGCAUAAAUGAUGAAGGGAGCAGACCAUUAAAUGGCAGAAAGCCAUGUAGCUGGGGUCUGUGGCAUGCUGCAAAGAAACUAUACCAUCUACAGACAAGGCUCACUCAUCUCCUUAUAUGUAACUGGUAUGCGUAUCUUUAUAGUACAUAAUAGCUUAGCACUAACUCAUAUGUUUGCAACCAUCUAAAAACUUUUAUUUUUCAAGUAUCGUUGAAUUUGUAAAAGGGCCUGUUCAACUUGUGAUUAGAAUUCAAGUGCUGUAGUGCAUCACUGGGUUGUAUGUUACAAAAUAUAGACAUUUGUAAAAAUCUUAAGACCUAGGUGCACAAGGAACUUUAGUUUAUUUAUAGUCAAGAAAUGUUUUAUAAUGACACUGCCAUCAUUUGUAUGACAUAUCAGCGCAGACACUUUUGCUAUCCAAAAAUUUUACCUGUCUCAUUAAGAAAUGAUCGUGUACAUUAAUGUAAUACAGAGCUGUUACAUAAGGCACUGUACUUCAUAAUAUUGUAAAACUUGAGUAGAUUUCACCUAUUUUCUUACAAUUAUAUGUUAAGGUCUGUGACAAGUGUUCCUGUAUAGUCAGUAUGGAAUGUCUGUAUUGUAUUAGUUUUUAAAAUUUAGCUUUAAUUAUUGUAAAUUGUAGAUAAUUACAGAAAUUUAUGUAAUAUUGAAUGUUUGUACAUAAAAUAUAUACUGUAGAUUUUGUUUAGAAUGAAAUAUAAAUCAAAGCAAGACUA